CUCGGCCCCUCCGGCUUCCUCGCCCUUGUCCCGGAGGCGGCCCCACGGGCGGCGCUGGCUUUGUCUGCCCAGAUCGCCCGCGAGGGGCUGGAGGCCUUGGCCCGGACCCCGCUAAGCCGAACUCCGGCGCCGGGCGGAGUGAGAGCCUCAGCGGGCGACCAGCCUGGCGCUGGGGCUUCAAUAGCCCUCGCCCUGUCCGCGUUCCCGGACGGGUGCGCGCCGGAGUCGCGCGGGGGUGGCAGAGCUCGGGGAGAGGGGGGCUGGACCGCCGCCUUUAGGGGCUCUGCCUCCUGUCCCCUGUAACGAACCCAGGGAGGGGCACUCCCUUCGGCUCGGGCCGAGGGUAGAGGAUGGGUGCAGACCCGGGAGGGCCGUCCCCUCCCCUGCCCCGCGGUGGGUGUGUACCGAGUCGCUCACCCGGGCGGUGCGCCUCACUCUGCCCUGCACGGGUUUGGGGCGGCCCGAGUUUGAGUAGGUGGUGACCCAGCUUCUCCGCGUUCGUCGUUGGAGGUUGUGCUUGGGAGCAGAGCCGAACUCCUGACCUAACUGGAGCUUCGGUGGAGUUGGCUGGUCUCGCGCCGCUCCUCCUGCUGGGGAGGGGUGGUGGUGCGGGUGGGUGGAAAGUGUGUAUGUGUGUGUAGGGGUGAUUAUGCGGCUGGGUAGGAAGUGUGUGUGUGUGUGUGUGUGUGUGUGUGUGUGUGUGUGUGUUGGGAGGGGAACCUCCGGCACACGUGUGAAGUUGGUCUGCUAGAAGCGCUCCCUGCUGUGGGGAGUCAGGGGGAAGGCGAUGGCCCCAGUACUGGCAGUGGCCUCUGGCUGCCAGCGGCGAUGAGUGCGGCUGUGUGUGUGUACAAGCUGAGCGACUGUCCCGGGGUGCUGGUGUCUGGGGGGCAUCAAGCCAUGCUGAGACACCAGUGCAGGGCGUUACACUGGAGCCUCUGCUGGUGUGCUCACUCCAGUGAUCUGCUCCCUAGAGGUCUUCCUUCCCGGAUGGGGGUGGCUGAGGCUGAUAGGAGUGGGUGUAGCUGCCUGCCAAAGCCUCAAAAGUAGCCUUCCAACUACCCUUUGACCUCAAAGAAGGGGAAGUUAGUGUCUGCUGAGUGCUUGGGCCACCCUUCCCUAUUUGUGAAGGGAAACCUGGGGUCUAGGCCACCAGAGCCCACCCAGCACCCCUUUAUCCCUUCGAUAUUCAACUAGCCCAGUGGUUGGCAGAGGCACCCUUCCUUCCUUCCAGAGAUCCUCCUGGGACCCUCAGAAUGCAGCACAUACUCUUCCAUCUUGGCCCCAUGUACCCUCCUAGCUCCUCUCUCAGCUGUCUCCAAACUUUGUCCCAGUCCGAUGAUCCCUAGGGUCUGGGAGACAGGCCACCAGAGGGAUUUUCCCCUCCUCUCCUGCUGCAUCGCGCUUUGUUCCCACCUUCAGCUGGAGAAUUUCUUGCUCUCUCCAUCCCCACAUCUUUGAACUGCUCCGCUUGGACCAUCAAAUGUGACUUUCAGGUCAUUUAACAAAGCAUGAUGGAGAGUCUGUGGGGUGCCAGACGUGCCAGGUGCUGUUUGCAAGGCACUGUUCCAGGCUCACAACUCCCUGAGAGACCGUAGGCCCUGUGUGGUCUUACAGCCCAGCCUGGACAUAGGUGGUCGGUGCUCAGUGGUGUUUUAUUGAUUUGCACUUGGUCUCCCCGUAGGCAGCAUUAUUAUUCAGGCAAGCGGGAGUGCAAGCCCACUGGUGCUUCUGGAGGUGGCUCCUUUAGGAAGAAAAGGCAUGGAGGGGAAGGGGCUACAGAGGGUGGGCUGCCCAGGGAAAUUCCCUCUUUUACCAACUGGGCAGCUGUGCUCAUCUCUCAGGACAGGUGAGGGUGCCUCCCUCCCCAUAUUUGAGGGUGGGAAAGACAAAGCUCAUGCCCUGUGUUGGAGGGGAGGGGACUCCGCCCUGCAAAUCAUGGUGAUAGUGGAAGCCAGGGAGUUCUGGGCUUCCAGAAACAUUAUCUAAGGCCUCACUUGGGUCACCAUGUGCUCAGAGAUUGGACUUAUUUUCUAUUUGGCCUUGCCUACAGAGUGCCAUUGUGCCAGUCCUGGGCAACCUGUGCUGGAUGUAAAACCUAGUGGAAGUUACGGACAAGUUUGCAAGCAAUUCCGUGCACGGUUUAAGAGUGUGGUAACGAUCCCGCCUCUCGGAAGAUGCACUAUUAUAGAUACUCUAACGCCGAGGUCAGCUGCUGGUAUAAGUACCUCCUUUUCAGCUACAACAUCGUCUUCUGGUUGGCUGGAGUUGUCUUCCUUGGAGUCGGACUGUGGGCAUGGAGCGAAAAGGGGGUGCUGUCUGACCUCACCAAAGUGACCCGGCUGCACGGAAUCGACCCUGUCGUGCUGGUCCUGAUGGUGGGCGUGGUGAUGUUCACGCUGGGGUUCGCUGGCUGCGUGGGGGCCCUGCGGGAGAACAUCUGCCUGCUCAAGUUUUUCUGUGGCACCAUCGUGCUCAUCUUCUUCCUGGAGCUGGCCGUGGCCGUGCUGGCCUUCCUCUUCCAGGACUGGGUGCGGGACCGGUUCCGGGAGUUCUUCGAGAGCAACAUCAGAUCCUACCGGGACGACAUUGACCUGCAGAACCUCAUUGACUCCCUGCAGAAAGCUAACCAGUGCUGCGGUGCCUAUGGCCCUGAAGACUGGGACCUCAACGUCUAUUUCAAUUGCAGCGGCGCCAGCUACAGCCGCGAGAAGUGUGGGGUGCCCUUCUCCUGCUGCGUGCCGGACCCUGCGCAAAAAGUUGUGAACACGCAGUGCGGAUAUGAUGUCAGGACCCAGCUGAAGAGCAAGUGGGACGAGUCCAUCUUCACAAAAGGGUGCAUCCAGGCACUGGAGGGCUGGCUUCCACGCAACAUUUACAUCGUGGCCGGCGUCUUUAUCGCCAUCUCCCUGCUACAGAUAUUUGGCAUCUUCCUGGCGAAGACCUUGAUCUCGGACAUUGAGGCCGUGAAGGCAGGCCAUCACUUCUGAGGGACAGAGGUGAGCAAGCAGAGCUGAGCCACGCCGUGGAGGCCAGAGCCCUUCCCCGUUGUCACCUCCGUGUCCAGAGGGAGGAAGUGGAUGCACCCAGCCAGAGCCGGAGCCCUGUCUUCGGCAUCAGCGUGACAUGACCUCUCUGCUUCUGUUUGCUGGUGCUGAAGACUGAGGGCCCCCCCCUCUAACCCGCACAAACUUGUGACCGAGACGCUCUCCCCCCGCCACCACUUGGGGUCUACCCAGAGACGGAGAACGUGUCUUUAAGCGGGGCUGGUGACUGAGGGACAGAAGGCUCCUGUGGCUGUGAAGGGGGCCUGACUCAGUUCUCCUGGAGACCGACUGUGUCUGCGGGGCACCCUGACCGCCCCACUCAUGUUAUCGGUGCCGGCCCGGAGGGCAGCCAUCUGCUGUGAGUGGGACAUGGGUGGGGGGGGGUGGACCAGAAGACAUGGACAAGGCUUCUCCCAGCAGCAGAAGGGUGCUGCCUGUAACUGGGGAGGGGAAGGGACACAAGUGGACCGUGCCAGCGGAGCCUGUGGUGUCUGCACGACUCGGGGAUGUUUGCAGGAUCCUCAGCCACGUUCAAGUAAGCCUGAGCCAUGUGUGGACCGGUGCCACGGAGGACCUCCUCUGCCGCCCCCUUCCAGGGCAGAAACCGCCCCUCUUCUCAAUAGCAUUAUGCCCAGAUGGCACGGGGGCAUGGGCAGGGUUCUCCUCUGAGAGUCGGCUCUUCUUUUCUUAAAGGGUGUAAAUAGUUUAUUUAUAGGGAUAGGAAUGUUCUCACACCAUUUCUUCAUUUCCUCUGGCAUUCCCUCUAAGCAGCCUUACGCGGUGUCUGGGACUGAAGCCAUCCCUUUCAGUUCCUUUGAGUGUCUCAAGACCCAACCCCAUCAGCUUCUCCUUUUCAUCCCUCAUGACCCAGGUGCACACGCGCGCUCCCCCUUCCUCCGUGCACCCCCCAGCACACACGCACCCGCGCCCCUCCCCUGCUUGGCCUCACUGUCUUCUGGUCUUGGUGCUACUGAAACCGUCAUCCGGAACUUGAAUCCUGACCUCCCCCCACCUCCCCGCUGCGAGGCCGAGGAGCCCCAGCCUGAGAGAGCCGGCCCGGAACCUUUGACCAGGGCAGCUUUCGAGGCCACGUGGUCAGGGCCGCUGGCCGGCCUGGCAUUUGCCUCCCCCUGGAGCGAAUCUAGCCCGGCUCCUGCGUGGAGCCGCAGACCCCAGCCUGCAGCUGUGUAGAAGCUCGGGAUGGUUUUUUUUUUUUUUUUUUCCCUCCCCUAACUUUUGUGAUGACCUCCCCCCACUGUCCCCAAACAGGAUAUCUGUGGUGACCGUGUCUACCCUUCCUGGCAGGGCUAUCCUGGGGCUUGCUCUUGGAAAUGAAGUCUGUCUGAUGUACUGAAUGGUCCCCCCCCCCCCCCCCCCCCCGCCCCAGGGACAGCUGGGGCAUUUGUGCGUCUCUGGGCUACUUUCUAACGCUUCUCUGGAUCUCGUGCCCGUUCUGUCCUCAUCGUUCAGGGAUCGAGUGCUACCUUCACUUACUCGCAGAAGAAGUGUACAUGCUAGUGUGGUGUAUCCUGGUGGGUGUUUGUUGAUGAUGUUAUGAUACAGUUUUUUGUUGUUGUUGUUUUUUUUUUUUACAGUUUUCUCUGUAGACUAGAGGAAGAAGGAUGCUUGUGUUUUCAGGAAGUAUAAUGCUUUUCUUUGACCGCCAAACUCUUUUAUGGAAUAUAUCUUUGUAUUAA